CUUCCCAUCCCACCACCACCAGCUAGCCCAACAAGAGAAAGACUGAGAGAGAGAGAGAGAGAGAGCUCCACUGCACCCUGCAGCACCCUGACCUAAACUGGUCCCUCUCUGCUGCCUCCGCCCCACCACUCGUCUCCCACCGAGCAAUAGCAUGCGGCACUUGCAGGCCACCGUCGAGCACCUGGCCGGGGUGGCGGCCACGCCCCCGCCGGCGUCCGCGGGGGGCGGCGUGCACACGGACACGUUCCUCAUCCUGGCCGCCGUGCUCUGCUUCCUGCUCUGCGUCGUCGGCCUGGCCUUCGUCGCGCGGUGCUCGCGGCUGUGCAACCCCUCGUCCUACUCCGUGGACGCGCGGGGCCCCGUCGACGACGGCGACGACGAGGCGGCAAUGCCGGCGCCGCGCAAGGGGGUCGACAGGGCCGCGCUGGAGAAGCUGCCGACCGUGCCGUUCGCGUUCGAGGAGGGCCAGGACGGGGAGCGGCCGGAGUGCGCCAUCUGCCUCGCCGAGUUCGCGCCCGGGGACGAGGUCCGCGUGCUCCCGCCCUGCGCCCACGCCUUCCACGCGGCCUGCGUCGACACCUGGCUCCUCUGCACGUCCACGUGCCCCUCCUGCCGCACCGCCCUCGUGCUGGCGCAGGCGCUGGAGCCGCCGGCAUCCGCGGACCCCCUGAUGCAGUGCUGCGCCUGCGCGUCGGCGCAGGCCUCGGCGGGGCCGGCAGAGUGCCCCGUCCUCCCCCUCGCCGUCGUCGUCGUCGUCGAGCGCGGACCUUGCCGGACGUCAGUACCGUAGGCUGGCGAUGCCCAGCGAGCGUCCAAUUGACGCCGACACCUUGUACAUACUCGCCAGAUUACUAGUGAAGUUGUGUACAGUGCGCGAUGGUGCAUUAGACAAAUCACUUCACUUGUACUCCUACUACGUCUGACUGGUUGCCUAGCUGUAAAUUUUACCGGCGAUGGCGAGUUUGUCCUCUCGAUCGACGUGCAGUCGUGCACGAAACAGAGAAGCGUUUUGUUUUCUGCUACAUGCUCGUGGUUAGCCGCAGACAUACAGUUCCGUAGAGAAAAGAAAAAAAAA